AUGGCCAAACCAAAGAAGAUUGAAAAUUCAUCAUCAUCGUCGGAUCAAGAUGCUCAAAAAACCGAUGAGCAACGUCAUAUUGUAUUGGAGGAUAGACUCUUUCAUGAAACAGCUCGUUUAUUAUUAUUUGAUGAUAUACAGGCUCAUAUGUACGCAAGUGAUCCAUCCAAUCACUCCAAGAACCUAGCAGCCGAAAACAGUAUUGUUCAUAAUCCAUUCGGAGUAAAGAGAAGAAGAGUAGGAAAAUCUCCUUCAUCAAAAGAUAACUCUUCUCGUUCUUCGUUCAAAAUACCCUUCUUGCAAUUGGAAAUUACUUUUGCUCAAAUCAUGAUUGCAUGUAUUGUUUUAUUAAUUGCUGCUGUUGCAUUCAUGAAGAUUACAUCGGAGAAUACACCAAUGGUGAACGAAGAGGAUAUCUAUGAAAAGAUUGAUUACUUUGAAGUUUUUGGAAGUUCCUAA